UCCCGGGCCAGCUGGCCGCCGCCGCCGCCGCGCCGGGACUUCCGCGGCCCCGCCGCCCCCGGGCUCUGGUGACCAUGGCAAUGACAGGCUCAACACCUUGUUCGUCAAUGAGUAAUCACACAAAGGAAAGGGUGACAAUGACCAAAGUGACACUGGAGAAUUUUUAUAGCAACCUUAUCGCUCAACAUGAAGAACGAGAAAUGAGACAAAAGAAGUUAGAAAAAGUGAUGGAAGAAGAAGGCCUUAAAGAUGAAGAGAAACGACUUAGAAGAUCAGCACAUGCUCGGAAAGAAACAGAAUUUCUUCGUUUGAAGAGAACAAGACUUGGAUUGGAAGAUUUUGAGUCUUUAAAAGUAAUAGGCAGAGGAGCAUUUGGUGAGGUGCGACUUGUUCAGAAGAAAGAUACAGGGCAUGUGUAUGCAAUGAAAAUACUUCGCAAAGCAGAUAUGCUUGAAAAGGAGCAGGUUGGCCACAUUCGUGCGGAACGUGACAUUCUAGUGGAGGCAGACAGUUUGUGGGUUGUGAAAAUGUUCUAUAGUUUUCAGGAUAAGCUAAACCUCUACCUAAUCAUGGAGUUCCUGCCUGGAGGGGACAUGAUGACUCUUUUGAUGAAAAAAGACACCCUGACAGAAGAGGAGACUCAGUUUUAUAUAGCAGAAACAGUUUUAGCUAUAGACUCCAUUCACCAACUUGGAUUCAUCCACAGAGAUAUCAAACCAGACAACCUUCUCUUGGACAGCAAGGGCCAUGUGAAACUUUCUGACUUUGGCCUUUGCACAGGACUGAAAAAGGCACAUAGGACAGAAUUUUAUAGGAAUCUGAACCAUAGUCUCCCCAGUGAUUUCACUUUCCAGAAUAUGAAUUCCAAAAGGAAAGCAGAAACAUGGAAAAGAAAUAGACGUCAGCUCGCCUUUUCCACAGUAGGUACUCCUGACUACAUUGCUCCCGAGGUGUUCAUGCAGACUGGGUACAACAAGCUCUGUGAUUGGUGGUCGCUUGGGGUGAUCAUGUAUGAGAUGCUCAUCGGCUAUCCACCUUUUUGUUCUGAGACUCCUCAAGAAACGUAUAAGAAGGUGAUGAAUUGGAAAGAAACUUUGACUUUUCCUCCAGAAGUUCCUAUCUCUGAAAAAGCUAAGGAUCUAAUUUUGAGAUUCUGCUGUGAAUGGGAACAUAGAAUUGGAGCUCCUGGUGUUGAAGAAAUCAAAAGUAAUUCUUUUUUUGAAGGUGUUGACUGGGAACACAUCAGAGAGAGACCAGCUGCAAUAUCUAUUGAAAUCAAAAGUAUUGAUGAUACCUCAAACUUUGAUGAGUUUCCAGAAUCUGAUAUUCUUAAGCCAACAGUGGCAGCAAGUAACCACCCUGAGACGGACUACAAGAACAAAGAUUGGGUCUUCAUCAAUUACACAUAUAAGCGCUUUGAGGGCCUGACAGCUCGGGGAGCAAUACCUUCCUACAUGAAAGCAGCCAAAUAACACUCUUCAGAUGGAAUCUUAAAUGGAGUAGAGUUCUUUGUAUACCAUCACGGUUUUUCUCUCACAUACUCUUUUUAAAGUGCUUCUAAGAAGUUCAUGGAACCCACGAGUAUGUUAUAGUCAAGUCUCUUGAAAUGUGAUAGUAAGUGGAUUUUUCUCCAUAAUACAUCUGAAAACCUAUAGAAGAGAGACAACUGUUUCUACUGCAUCAGCCAUAGACUGCUGUCCAGCUUCUUUAGAAGUGUCAUGAGCCAAUUUGAUAAAUAUUUGAAAAAUCUUUUCUCCUGAGUUCUUCAGAAUGAAGGUAGAAAAAAACAGCCAUCUAAACUUUCUUGACAUUGUAACAUACACUUCCUCAAAUAACAGCCAAUUCUUGUGAUUUCGUGACAUGCUUUCUGCCAAGCCCACAAAGUAUUUCUCUUUUCUCUUUACAACUAAAAGUUCCAUAGUACUAAAGAAAUAAAGCAAUAAUGGAAGCCUGAGCAGCCAGCAUUCUCGCUGAAGAAAAUGAUCCACUAUCCUCUGUGAGGGGUAGCAGUGAUAAUUUCUCCCCAUACCUCAGCCUUGGGUGAGUGGCUUUUUAUAGCCUCCUCCAUCAUGGUGCACUUUAUUUAUGGUACUAGGAAAAAGACUCUCAGUUCUUUGAUUUAUCAUCUCCCUCUUACCCACUGAAAAUUUUCACGCUGCUUUUCUGAGUGACAAGGAAAGGGGAGAAAUCAAACUUAGCUCUUAGAGAUCCCAAAACCAAUGGGCAUUGCUAAGGAGCUUUGGAUCAAGUGAAACA